AUGGACGAUGAUAAUUCAUCCUCAAAUGAAUCUCGCAAGAGAGGUUCAUCAGCUCUUCAGCUAGGACCUCGCAAAAGAGCGUUGAAAUCUGAUCCCUUAGUUUCGCACGGGAGGCAUUUUGGCCGGACAGUUUUCGCUCUCUGCAACUACCCUUCCCUUUUAACCAAUGUUGUUAGAGAGCGACGAGAGCACCUAGUCUUUGAAAGACUCUUAGACUCAUACCCUGGACUUCUAGAGCGACUGCGAGAAGGCUCAGAGGAAGAAGUUCUUCACGUUGGAGAACUAAUCAGUAAGGGAGCAUCUGCUGCUCGAGGUGAAGACACCAAGUCGUUGAAACCUAUGGUGAUCGACUGGAUAGUACCUGCAGGAGAACUGGUCCUGCCUCCUUUGCCACGGAAUUCCAAGAUCGGUCGUGGCUUCAACCACCCUCUCACUGGCCAAUUACUCUGUCCUGCUGAAUUGGAUUGGAAUGACGCAGAGUAG